AUGGGCAUCCUAUGCAGCAUUGUGAUUCUGAGCACUGGUUUGCUAGCCAACCCUCCGUGUACACGGCUGCAGGGUUCCGUCAAGCAGAUCGUGGGCUCCUCCCUCAAGGACGGUGAAGGCGCCGCUUCCGAGCUGAAGACCAACUUCGUGGCCACCCAGCCGUCGUCCUGGUUUGCUGAGCUCUUUGCGCGCGACAACCUCACUGGCGGCCAUGUCAUCAUGCUGGGCGCCAGCGAAGCCAACGAGCGGGCGGCCAUCGAGGCGCUGCAGGCCUACCCAGGUGGCCUCCAACUGGGCGGCGGGGUCACCGCGGAGAACGCUGCACGCUACUUGAUGGCUGGGGCCAGCCACGUGAUUGUGACCUCUUAUGUCUUCCAGGAGGGCAGGCUGAAUGAGCGACGCCUGGCCGGCCUGGUCGAGGCUGUUGGCAGCGACCGCCUGGUGCUAGACCUGAGCUGCAGGAAAAAGGACGACGGCCAGUACUACGUUGUCACUGACCGCUGGCAGCGCUUCAGUGACCUUGCCGUGACUGAGGCCACGCUGCGCCAGCUGGGCGCGCGCUGCGCGGAGUUCCUGGUGCACGGCGUGGAUGUGGAGGGCAAGCAGCUGGGCAUCGACGAGGAGCUGGUGGGCCUGCUGGGCGCGCUGUCGCCCAUCCCCUGCACCUACGCCGGCGGCGCCCGCACCCUGGCCGACCUUGAUCGCGUGGCGGCGGCUGGAAAGGGCCGCGUGCACAUCACGGUGGGCAGCGCGCUGGACGUCUUCGGCGGCGCCCUGCCCUACGCCGACGUCGUGGCGUGGCACGCCCGCCAGCGAGGAACGUGA